UUAACUGCGUAAAAAGUUUCUCACCCUUCAUACUUUGGGCCCCAUGUGCACAGGCGGAAGUGCACUCUAUAGUUAAAGGCAUUCUGUCUGCUUAAAAUGGAAGGCCAGCGUUGGUUACCACUGGAGGCGAACCCCGAUGUGAUGAACCAGUUUCUUCGGCAGUUGGGUUUGUUACCAACAUGGCAGUUUGGAGAUGUGUAUGGGUUGGACCCAGAACUUCUCAGCAUGGUUCCGAGGCCCGUCUGUGCCGUUCUGCUACUGUUCCCUGUUACAGAGAAGUAUGAGUCCUUCAGACUGGAUGAGGAGAAGAAAAUCAUGUCAGAAGGCCAACAGGUCUCCCCAGAUGCAUAUUUCAUGAGACAAACCAUUGGCAAUGCUUGUGGGACAAUUGGAUUGAUCCAUGCUGUGGCAAACAACCAAGAACGCCUGGAAUUUGAAUCAGCCUCGCCCCUGAAGAACUUCCUGUUGCAGUCAUCCAAGUUGAGUCCAGAUGAAAAGGCGGUUUUCCUUGAGAAAGAUGAGAGUAUACGUGUAUCACACGAGUCAAGUGCACAGGAAGGACAGACCGAGGCCCCAAGUUUAGAUGAAAAGGUGGAUUUGCAUUUCAUAGCUUUCGUAAAUGUUGGAGGUCAUCUAUAUGAACUAGAUGGGCGUAAGCCUUUCCCUAUCGUUCAUGGGAAAACCACAGGAGACACUUUUCUUGAGGAUGCCACAGAAGUUUGCAAACAGUUCAUGGCACGAGACCCUCAAGAACUACGUUUCACUGUUGUAGCCCUCUCCAAAGCAUAACAUUUGCCACUGAAUUUCAAACCACCCAGAACAGAAUAAAAAUAAAAAUACUGCCUUUCAUUGUUGACUAUAUUAGUUAGGAUGUUCACAUUUUUAUAGAAAAGAGAUUUGACAAAAAAAAAGUGAUCAACUGUAAGAGGGAAGGUCAGCAUUACUGUGGUCUUCAAUGUGUGGCCUCAAAUGAAUUGGUCUCCAAUGUGUGGCCUCAAAUGAAUUGGUUUCCAAUGUGUGGCCUCAAAUGAAUUGGUUUCCAAUGUGUGGCCUCAAAUGAAUUGGUCUCCAAUGUGGGGCCUCAAAUGAAUUGGUCUUCAAUGUGUGGCCUCAAAUGAAUUGGUCUCCAAUGUGUGGCCUCAAAUGAAUUGCUUACUGAUGAGCAAAACAUUUAACUAGUAGAUUUUCUAAUGCAGGGGUUGUACUUUUCACUUUUGGCUAGUCUUUAAAUUUGUGAGAAGUUCAUCUCCCACAUUUCAUGACUUUUGAUUUGAAGCUGAUGUGCCAUUUGAUGGUGAUCAUUUUGCUCUCCAUUUCUUAUUACAGUUAUGAUUUAGGAAAGAUAAUACAAAUCACUCUUUUUUUUUUUUUUAUCCUUUGCAUUUAAAUCCCCCCAAAAUUAUAUUUUUUGUUAACCCAAAUACAAACCAACUGUAGCAUGCAAAUAAUUUGGCAAGAAUGCUGUGACAUCCUUAUUAAACCUGAUCGUUGAAAUGCUUAUAAACUGUCAAAGGCAGAUGGGUGGAUGGUCCCUGUUCAUCCAGGAUGUUAAUGGAAUGAAACUGAGUUAAUAAAAUGUUCUUCUUAAAAACUA